AUGAUAAUAUUCAAAUCUGUGGUCCAAUUCUAUACAUACAUAUCGCUUCCCAUCUAUUAUAUAACCCAAAGUCCACGUAAAACUCUAGACAAAUGUGUGUUCAAAAGGGCCCAACAGUUAGACCCGUCGGACCCGCACUCGCCAUGGGUUCGAACCCAAGAGACCCGGCAUCACGUGUUGGCCUCCAGUGGAUCCCUGUCCGAGGCGAGCAAAAUGAUGCGGCGCCUGUACCCACUGGACAGUCCGUGUAUUGGCUACCGGAAAGUGCUCGAAGAGCAGGUGUGCACCGAUAGUGAGGGCAAUGCCGUACGACUGGACGGAAAGGUGUUAAGAAAGUUUCGGUUGAGUCCAUACGUGUGGAUGACUUACGGAGAGGUGUACGACAAAAUUGAUAGCAUUUCCCGGGGAAUGGUAUCCAAUGGGUUUCAACGUAAAGAUAAGAUUGUGAUUUUGUCGGAGACUAGCGCUGAUAAUCUCAUAUUUCUACAGGUGUGUAUGAAUAUUGGUGCAGUUAUUGUCACGGUUUUUGCCACACUUGGUGACGAGGCAGCAUAUAUGGCAUAA